AUGGAAGUGGAGAACCAGACCCAGGUCACCAAGUUCAUUUUGGUGGGGUUCCCUGGGAACUGGGGCAUGCGGGUAGUAGUGUUCCUGAUGUUCCUCAUGGCCUAUACUCUGACAGUGGCCAAAAAUGUGGUCAUUAUCCUGCUGGUGCAGCAAAACCAGCCACUGCACAAACCUAUGUACUUCUUCCUGGCCAACCUGUCUUUUUUGGAGACCUGGUACAUCUCUGUGACUGUGCCUAAGUUGCUAUUUAGUUUCUGGUCUGUGAGCAACAGUAUCUCCUUCACUCACUGCAUGAUACAACUUUACUUCUUCAUUGCCCUCAUGUGUACAGAAUGUGUGCUCCUGGCUGCCAUGGCCUAUGACCGCUAUGUGGCCAUCCGCCGUCCAUUCCACUACCCCACCAUUAUGAGCCACGGGCUUUGCUUCCACUUGGCUCUUGGCUCCUGGGCCGUUGGCUUUGGCAUAUCCUUGGCUAAGAUUUACUUCAUCUCUCGCCUCAGCUUCUGUGGCCCCAAUGUCAUCAAUCACUUCUUCUGUGACAUCUCUCCAGUACUUAACCUCUCCUGCACAGACAUGUCUGUAGCUGAGCUGGUGGACUUCGUCCUGGCGCUGGUCAUCUUUCUCUUGCCCCUCUCUAUCACUGUCCUGUCCUAUGGAUGCAUCCUGGCCACCGUUCUGCACAUGCCCACCGGAAAGCAGAAAGCAUUCUCUACUUGUGCCUCCCACCUCGUGGUGGUCACCAUCUUUUAUUCAGCCACGAUUUUCAUGUAUGCCAGACCCCGAGCCAUCCAUGCCUUCAACAUGAACAAAGUGAUUUCCAAUUCUAUGCUGUUGUCACCCCUGCUCUCAACCCUUUCAUUUAUUGCCUAAGGAACAGAGAGGUCAAAGAGGCUCUGAAGAAACUGGUCUAUUGCCA